AUGCCGCCCCGAUUGAGCCUGCUGAAGGCCAGCAGCUGGCUCAGCAGCUCGUCCUGUUCACCCGUCGCGCCAUUCCUCGUCCCCUUCCUCCAGCGCCCGCAACAGCAGCGCUUUGCAUCCAUCCUGGGCUCCCUCUCCGAUAAUCCUGGUGCAUACAACAAGAAAAUCCGGCGCGGUCGAGGUCCGGCAUCAGGCAAGGGCAAGACAUCAGGGCGUGGUCACAAGGGUCAAAAACAGCAUGGAAAGGUGCCGAGGGGGUUUACUGGUGGACAGACGAAAUAUGAGAUUACGCAUCCGGAGAGGGGGCUGGGAUUUGAGAAUCACUGGUCUGUCGAGAUGAGCCCCUUGAACGUCGACAGGCUGCAAAGCUGGAUAGACCAAGGCCGUAUCAACCCAUCACGACCCAUCACCAUGAAGGAACUGAAUGACUCGAGAUGUCUACACGGUGUCAAAGAUGGCGUUAAGUUGCUCGCACGAGGCUCAGAUCAACUCCGCACACCGAUCAACAUCAUCGUCUCGCGAGCCUCCGCGACAGCAAUCGCCGCCGUCGAGGCCGCAGGCGGCAAGAUCACAACACGCUUCUACACGCCUCAGGCCAUUAGGCGCGUGCUGCGCCGGAGUACAGAUCCCUUAGAAUCGUUACAGAUGCAGACAGAAUCUUCAGAAGCAACGCCAGACGUUCCGCGACGGAAGUUUGCGUACCGCCUACCUGAUCCCACGAGCAGGAAGGAUAUCGAAUACUACCGGGACCCAGCGCACAGGGGUUACCUGAGCUAUUCAGUAGGAGAAGGCGAGAGCCCUAGCUUGUUCUUCAAGACGCCGGGACAGAGCAAAAUGCCUAGGGAGGGUGUACCAAAUAAGAGGAAGGCAGCGGAGAAAGCUGCAGAGAACAAGUUAUGGUAG